CCACCGGGGCCGUUCCCAAACACGGGACCCGGGCGCAAGUGUCCUUCCAGGUUUCCACGAGGGCCCUGGUGGUCUGGGACACGGGUCGGGCGCUGAGCGGGUGCCCCCACCCGCAGCUCCCUCCUGGCCUCUGUUCCCGGCUGCGGGGGGAAGUACGGUGUGGUGGCUAAAGCCGGGCCAGAAGGAGAAGUGGUUUUGUUUCAUCACCUGAAUUUUUCAGUUUGCUUUGCAAGAAGACCGCUUUCUCGCCCCAAAUUCAGAAAACCCAGACGGGGUUCCGCUGUGCAUCCCUGCCCCAAACCUCCCAGCCGGGGAGGGCACAGCUCCUGCUGGCGGGUGGGCCGAGGGGAGGUUGAGCCUCCAGCACCGCAAGAGCCCAAACUGCAGCAACGUUCGCGGCAGUACAAAGCCGGGGGCCCCGGGCCCCCCGCCCCGCCCGCUCCCAGCACCGCCCUCCAGCAGCCCGGACGCCUGGGUCCCCGGCCGGGGGGAGGGGAGGGGAGGAAGGGAAGGACCGGCCGCAGCUGCUCGCCGAGCCGAAGCCCGUUUCCUGCUCGUCCUCGCCCGGCUGCGAGCAGCCCGAAGCCCCGCCCCCCCGGGCUGUGCCUCAGUUUCCCUCUCCGAGAGGCUCUGGAGGGCAGCUUGGCCUGGACUGGGUGUCCUUCCCCCUCUGGCAUCCUGCUGCUCCCUUCGGGGUGUCGCUGCGCGCCCACUGGUAACACCGAGCUGCGGAGGGCAAAGAGCGAUGGUUCAAAGGUACACGCGUGUGGAGGAAGCCGCUCACUGCCACCGCAGCCUUCCCCGUCCCCUCCCCUGACGUCACCGAGCAGGGUGACACGGUGGCUCACUGGGUGCAGCGCCCAGGGAGGCUCCACCAGCCGCUGCCGGAAAGGGCCCCGAUUUCAGUAGCAUCGUCCCCCAACAACACCUGUGGCUGGGAAACCUCACACUGAGGCACCAGGCUGCCCAGUGAAGCAGGAUGAGUGUGCCGGCUGGCGAGCCGGGCAACCUGGCCCACGCCGCAUUUGAGAGGUUCCUGCGUGCCAGGGAGUGCCGGGAGGUGCUGGGCUGCUUCGGGGAGCUGUGCCGGCAGCUGGGGCUGCAGGGCAGCGGGCUGCAGCUCUACCGUGGCCUCCGGGCUGCCCUCAAUUCCUGGAGUGCCAAGGCCCUGUGGAGCAAACUGGAUAAGAAAGCCGGACACAAAGACUACGACCAGGGCACAGCCUGCGCCAGCACCAAGUGCCUGGUGGUGGGGGCCGGUCCCUGCGGGCUGCGGGCGGCCAUCGAGCUGGCGCUGCUGGGCGCGCGCGUGGUGCUGCUGGAGAAGCGCGACUCCUUCUCCCGCAACAACGUCCUGCACCUCUGGCCCUUCACCAUCCACGACCUUCGGGUGCUGGGCGCCAAGAAGUUCUACGGGCGCUUCUGCACCGGCACACUGGACCACAUCAGUAUCCGGCAGCUCCAGCUGAUCCUGCUGAAGGUGGCUCUGCUGCUGGGGGUGGAGGUGCACGUCAACGUGCAGUUCAAGGGCCUCGUCCCUCCUGUGGGCAAGGCAGGUGGACAGGGCGGCUGGCGGGCUGUGCUGCAGCCCGGCUCCUCUCCCCUCAGCAACUACGAGUUUGAUGUCCUCAUCUCAGCUGGUGGUGGCAAAUUCGUCCCCGAAGGGUUCAAGCGCAAGGAGACACGGGGGAAGUUGGCCAUUGGCAUCACCACCAACUUCAUCAACCGCCACAGCCGCGCCGAGGUGGAGGUGGCUGAGAUCAGCGGCGUGGCCCGAAUCUACAACCAGAAGUUUUUCCAGAACCUCUACAACAAAACGGGCAUCGACCUGGAAAACAUUGUUUACUACAAGGAUGACACUCACUAUUUCGUCAUGACGGCCAAGAAGCAGAGCCUGAUCAAGAAGGGCGUCAUCCUCCAGGACAAAGCAGACAUCGAGAGCCUCCUGUCUCCAGAGAACGUGAACCGAGACGCUCUCCUCAGCUAUGCCAAAGAAGCCGCCAACUUCUCCACCAGCUACCGCCUGCCUGAGCUGGAGUUUGCCCUCAACCACCGGGACCUGCCGGACGUCGACAUGUUCGACUUUACCUGCAUGACGCGCUCAGAGAACGCAGCACUGGUGCGGGAGCACAACGGGGCCCGGCUGCUCCUGGGGCUGGUGGGCGACUGCUUGGUGGAGCCCUUCUGGCCGCUGGGCACUGGUGUGGCCAGGGGCUUCCUCGCCGCCUUCGACGCAGCGUGGAUGGUGCGGCGGUGGGCGGCCGGGACCCCCCCACUGGAGGUGCUGGCCGAGAGGGAGAGCAUCUAUCAGCACCUCUCGCAGACCUCCCCAGACAACACCAACAAAAACAUCAGCCAAUACAGCAUCGACCCCGCCACGCGCUACCCCAACAUCAACCUGCAAGCCAUCAAACCCAGCCAGGUCCGGGACCUCUAUCUCGUGGGCAUGGUGGAGGUGGACCACAAGAGGAAGAGUGACAGCCGGCUCAGCACUGCAGUCUCUGGAGAUGCCUACGAAGAGCUGCUGAGCUGGUGCCAGGCCAGCACGGCCGGGUACCGUGGGGUGACAGUGACCAACUUCACCACCUCCUGGACCAGUGGCUUGGCCCUCUGCGCCCUCGUCCACCAUUUCCGCCCCGACCUGGUGGAUUUGGGUUCUGUGGACCCCCAGGAUCCCAUCCGGACCCACCAGAUGAUGCUGGAUGCAGCAGAGCAGGAGCUGGGCAUCCAGCCUGUCCUCUCUAGCGCUGAGAUGGCGGCCAUGGCAGAGCCCAGCCGCCUGGGGCUCAUCACCUACCUCAGCCAGUUCUAUGAAGCUUUCAAGACUUCCCCAGAGGCAGAGGAGCUCAGCAAGAAGCCACUGUCUCCCCGGGGUACGCGAGGAGCCAUCCUCUUCCUCAGCAAGCUGCAGAAGAACCGCAACCUGGCACACAAGCGCGUCCAGGAUAGUGCCCAGAAAGAUGCUGAGGCCAAGAGGAGCCGCAGGGACAUGGAGCUGGAUGCAGGGCUGGAUGGAGACACUCCGGACGGUGCCCGCGAGCCACCACAAACAGCCGCGGCAGACCCGGGGCAGCCACCAUCCCACGGGGACAGCAGUGACGCCUGCUACUUCUGCAACCGCCGUGUCUACAUCCUGGAGCGCGCCAGCGCCGAGGGACGCUUCUUCCACCGCAGCUGCUUCCAGUGCCAGCGCUGCGGGGCUACCCUGCGCCUGGGCGACUACGCCUUCCACGAGGAGGACGGUCAUUUUUACUGCUCACUUCACUCCCCCAACCCUCCUGGUAUGGAACUGCCCCAGGAUGAGCCCCCGGCACUGCCUGAGGGGGUGAGUCACCAUAAAUCCCCACAGGUGAUGGGGGAAAGGCAGAAAGUGGAAGGGGGUGCUUGGGCAUGGCCCCCGCUGCAUCACCAUCACCCCUCUGCUGUGGCUUUGCCCCAGGGUGCUGCUGUUGCCCGUCCGCCCUCAAAUGCUGGGAGACCAUGUGUGUCCCCCAAGGAGGGGGCACCCAACCCCCCACAGCCCCCACUAGCAGCCCCACAGCCAAGGACAGAGCCCGGGGCAGCGGGGGAUGAGGAUGCUGAGGACACUGUGGAUGUGGAGGAGCAGGAGCUGCUGGCACAGCCUGGGGGGGAUGCCAGAGAGCAGGAAGGUCCCGGAGCGGAGCCCCGAGGGGCAGCAGAAGAGGGUGAGGAGGGCAGGGGCAGGAGGAAGAUCAUCCUCACACCCCUGGAGAAGCUCAAGCUGUCCACACUGAACCUCCUCACCACCGAAGCGGAGCCCGAGCCGCCGCCGAAGCCCGCUCGUCUGCGGCUCCAAGCAGCGCCUGAGGCCCUCCCUGCCCUGUGGCGGGAACAAGGUAUCUGGGAGGAGGAUGAGGAAACGGCCAUGGAGAAAGAAGCUUUGGAGGAGAGUGACAGUGAGGAGGAGGAGGAGGAGGAGGAGGAAGGCACAGACCUUGACAUCAUGGCAGAAUCAUGCCUGGAUCUGGGGGAAGAGGAGAAAUACCCCACCUGGAAGCGCACGCUGACCCGCCGGGCCAGGGAAGCACAGAUGAAGAGGUUCUGCAAAGCCCAGGCCAUCCAGAGGCGGCUGGAGGAGAUCGAGGUGACAUUCGGGGAGCUGGAGCAGCAGGGCAUCAAGCUAGAGAAGUUGCUGCGGGAUGAGGACGGCAACCCAGCUGACCAGAAGACACAGUGGAUGAACCAGCUGCUGUACCUGGUCCAGAAGAAGAACAGCCUGAUGUCUGAGGAGUCAGACCUGAUGAUCGCGGUGCAGGAGCUGAAGCUGGAGGAGCAGCAGUGGCAGCUUGACCAGAAGCUCCGGUGCUACAUGAACAUGGAGGAAUCCCUCAAGACACCAGAGGACUGUGUGGCCGAGCAGGAGAUCCUGGUACAGCUGCUGGAGGUGGUGAACAAGCGCAAUGUCCUCAUCCACAUCCAGGAGGAGAAGCGGCUCAGCGAGCUGCGGGCCUGAUCCCUGUGGCUUCAACACCUGCUGGUUCCUCCCUGGGGAGGAUGAGUGGUCAUCCCCCCCCAGAGCAUCACCCUGAGCUGCUUCUAAAGGUGGUGCUGCCCAAACUGCCUGCAGGCAGCUGCUGCAGCGAAUCCAGGUCCCCGCUUGCCAAACCUGCCGUGGAGGGGCCAGACCCAUGUGGGUAAACACCGAGGCACACCCCAGCUUUGGGGUGCAGUGAGGUAUCUGUGCACCUGGCUGGAUCACCUUGGCCUUGUGCUUGCUUGAAAACAAGAUUUGCAGGGGGUUCCAUUGCCACCCAGCCAGUGCUGUGUCCUGAAGGGCUUUGCUUGCAGCAGCAAGGAUGUGACCAGAGCUACUGCAGGCGGGUCGCAGUGGAGAUGCCGAAUGUGGAGGAGCAGUGUCAGGAGUAGCUCCUGGAAGCCACCCCGGGACGUCCUUCCCAGCUGCAGCCAUCCGUCCUAACCCAGGACGUCACUGCAGCCCAGAACACUCAUCUCUUCAAGGAACAUCUGUCCUAGCCGGUGGCAAGACAGACAGGGCUGAUCCCGCCGCUCCCCAUCGCUGCUUUCGGGUGCCACAUUCGUGUUGUCCCUGGCUGCUGCAGGAAACCAGGGUCAGAAACUGUCCUGCGAGGACCCGAGGCUGGGGAAGGGCCUUUUUGUCCAGCAGCUCCUAGAGGGGAUUGUGCCCAGGGCUGGCACCGUGUGACACCAAGGACAAGGGACGCUGGCAUCUGUGUCCUCUCUGCCCUUUUUGGGGUUUCUCCUGCUUGGCAAUGCCACACUGGCUAUUGCACAGACCUUCCGCGAUGGUUGCGGGUGGCCUCCAUGGCUUGACGGUGCUUAUGGCAGCCCCAGCUGCAUUGGGCACAGGAGUCCUGGGUGCGGGUGACACCCCCCAUGCUCAGCCCUGGGCCUUUCAGUGCCUCCCCAAAUGCUCCUCUCUGCCCUUCAUUUGUACCAGCCCUGUCAAUCUGCUGUGACCCCCCACCUCCCUUUGAAUAAAGCCUCCCCAACCCAGCA